GUGCAUCAGCCUUUCACUAUUGCGGCUGGGGGGCUUGGUGGAGAGUCGGUGGACCGGGUUGGGGGUGCGCACUUGGACUACUAUAAUAACAAUUAGAAUAACAACAACAAGGGAUUGCAUCAUGGAUGUGCUGGCUGUCCUCAACCUGGGAGAUUUAGCUCAGGCUUUCUCCAAAAUGGGAAUGUUUCCAGUGUUUGACGUGGCUUAUUACAUCGUGUCCAUCCUCUACCUCAAGUAUGAGCCAGGCUCAGUGGAGGUUUCUCGCAGGAGUCCUGUGGCCUCAUGGCUGUGUGCCAUGCUCUACUGCUUUGGGAGCUACAUUCUGGCCGACAUCAUGCUGGGAAGCAGCCCACUUGACUACUUCCAACACAACAGCCACAUCCUGCUGGCCUCUGCCGUCUGGUACCUCAUCUUCUACUGCCCACUGAACCUCUUCUACAAAUGUGUGGCUUUCCUGCCCAUCAAGAUGGUGUUGGUCGCCCUGAAGGAAGUCGUCCGUACUCGCAAAAUCGCCGCCGGUGUCCAUCACGCCCACCAUGCAUACCACCAUGGCUUCUUCAUCAUGGUCAUUGUCGGCUACGUUAAAGGUUCUGGAGUGGCUCUCAUUUCCAAUUUUGAGCAGCUGCUGCGUGGCGUGUGGAGACCUGAGAGCAACGAGAUCCUCAACAUGUCAUUCCCUACCAAAGCUAGUCUGUAUGGCGCCAUCCUCUUCACCAUGCAGGAGGCUCACUGGCUGCCGGUGUCCAAGGGCGUCCUCAUCGUCGCCUUCACCCUCUUCAUGGCCACAAGCAAGGUGUGGAUGACUGCCCGCCACUCUCACGGCUCCCCCUUCGCUCUCAUCGAGUCUUGGGUUUGCCAUCUGCUCUUUGGCUCCCCACUGGGCGGCUCUGAGGAAGACCAUCAUCAUCAUCCCCCGGCAGCAGCAGUCCCGUCAUCGCUCAAAAGCAAGGAGGAGCUGAGCGAAGGCGCUCGCAAGAGGAAGGCCAAGAAAGCAGAGUAGAAAAACAAAGCAGCGCCAUAACGACGGAACUGUGUCUGACUCGCCAACACGGCCUCCACUUGAUCACGUCUCUAUUUUCCUCGCCAGCGAAAGAGGCGCUUUCUAGUCGAGCCAAAACGAUGCGUUUUUUAAAUUUACAUUUUCCAAGGACUGUGUAAAUACAAGCAUCCACUCCUCCACCCUCCCUGGACAUUUCAAAGCUAUUUUUAUUAUUCCCAUCCAUGCUCCACUCUGUGUGGGUGUCCACUUUCUGGCACCACAUGGUCCAUACCGGAGUGUCAGUGGACCUCUUUGAGUCCAGUCCACUUGUCUCAGAGCAGAAAGAAAUUUUGAAUCAGACAAAUGUGGAGAAAGUAUUCUGCGAAAGAAUAACUUUUUACUUUAAAGCUGAUGAGUAAUCUAUGAAUUUGAAUAAAAUGAAAAGAAAUGUUU